ACCCUAUAUUAUUAUUUAUUAUGAUGGUUCAUCAAUUUAAAUGAUUUCCAUUAAUUUUGUUCCUCUUAUAGUCUUAUAUUUUUAUUUUUUUUGCUGAGAAUUUGGUUUUCUCCUUACAAUUGCGUUUACAAUCGUUGCUAAAAUUGCACCACUGACCACUGUCUUUCGAGUUUUGAGGUGGGUCAUCAGCUAUUCUUACAAAUUGAUCUUAAUUGGGGUCUUUCAUUGCUAAUGCAUCUUAGUUGCUCGACGAAAUGCCUCAGAGAAGGUUUUGUAGUGCUGUGAGGUUUAUCAAAGUGAGGAUAGAUAGUGGGUCUUGAGAUAUCAGGCUGUUGUACAUUGUUGGUAAAGAUGUCUGUUUCGGGUUUAGCUGGUAGUCUUUCGGGUUAUUGUAUUCACUUGCCUGCUCGAUCGUCGAGGGCGUUAGAUGGCCGAAUUCAUGGCUUUCCUCAGAUUAGAAUAUCUGGGAGGUUUCUUCAACUUGGAGGAAAUUGCUUAGCUCAACCUAAGAACAGAUUAUGUCGACCUCAAACACACUUGAUUAGAUGUGCUAUGGAUGCUUCUUUUGGUGAUGCUAUGAAUAACCAAUCUGGUAAUGCUAUGAAUAACCAAUCUGAUGUCUUUCCAAGAAUCAAUAUCAAGGACCCAUACAAACGACUUGGUAUAAGCCCUGAGGCCUCUGAGGAAGAAAUUCAAGCAGCAAGGAACUUUCUAAUACAAAGAUACGCUGGCCACAAACCAAGUGCAGAUGCAAUUGAAGCAGCUCAUGACAAAAUAAUCAUGCAGAAGUUCUAUGAAAGAAAGAGGCCAAAGCUCCAAAUAAAGAAAAAGGUGAGGGAUGUGACACAGUCCCGUUAUGUACAGGCAGUGAUGAACAGGUUUCGGACUCCGUCAGACAGCAAAUUCAUUGUGAUAACAUCUGUUGCGUUCCUGUUGCUUGGAGCCCUAACUGUCCUCUUCCCUACUGAAGAAGGUCCUACUCUUCAGGUCGCCAUUUCUCUUGUGACUACCAUAUAUUUCAUUCACAGCAGGCUGAAAAGCAAUAUUCGAUCUUUUCUUUAUGGGGCUGGAGCUUUUAUUCUAUCUUGGCUCUUGGGUACCUUUCUGAUGGUAUCAGUCAUUCCGCCUAUACUAAAAGGACCGACAAGUUUGGAAGUGACUACUUCUUUGAUAACUUAUGUGCUUCUCUGGGUUGCUUCUACAUAUCUAAAAUAGCAUUUCAGAGCUGUCCGAAUGUUGCAGUCCGCAAAUGGUUUGUGAGUUUUCAGUGACCUGAUUUUUUUCAUUAGGUUCGUUAUACAGGAGGGAGCAUCAAAAUUCUAGUAGAUCUAAGGAAGUUGGAGAGAUUUAUUCAUGAAAGAGUUUCUUAUUCUAUUGAAAGUAUGGAAUGUUGAUUAGGAUGGAACUUCUAAUCCUUAAAUCUUAUAAGAGGGAUAGCAAAAAGUUUUGGCCAUUGUAUGUGGUCUGCACGCUAUAUUUCCUUUGGUUUUUUUUGACAUGGAGUCCGCAAGGGCACAACAUAUGCAGCCGUUAUCAUAUGAACUGACUGAUGUGAACCAAUUAUAAUUUACGACUCGCGAUGCUCGUGCAACUCCUGAGAUUUGGGAUGUUGUAGUCCCUACACCAGAUCUUACUGUUCACAGAGCCUACAAAUGUAAUGCAUUGGCCUGUACAAUUUGCAAAUACUUGCAUUUCCAUUCUCUAAUUUUUUGUGGUAGAUUUCUUUUCUGUCUCUUUUUAGUUUCUUCA